AUGAGGAUUGGACCAUUAUGGUCUUCGUGGUUCGGAUGGAAGGAGUUCGAUGUGGCCGUGACGGCAUGGACGACCAAUAACUCCAACGAGGCGGCAAACGAAUUCGAGUCUAUGAUCCGAACUCUCGAAAGUGUGCAACACGGCAACAUUACGAGGUUCUUCGGCUGGUGCAGAGAAGGGAACAAAUGCUUACUGGUGCACGAGUUCAUUCGACGCGGAGACUUGGAGUAUGCCUUGUUUAACUCGCCACAGUCGCUCUCCUGGAACGACAGGGUCGAUGUGAUUAUCCACAUAUGUGAAGCCUUGUGCUACCUGCAGAAAAGGCAGAUCCUGCAUCGUCAGGUCAAGGCUAGUAAUAUUCUUCUGGACGCUGUUUGGGACGCGGAGAAGGGUCAUCUGGUCACCAAAGCUAAGCUCAAUGAUUUUCGGCUGGCGAAGGAACUUGUAUGUGGUGACAAUAACUCAUCCGCGGAUAGCAAAUGUGAAAAUCUGAGUUUCGGGGUCGAGCCUCCAGAGGCUGUCAAGGAUGGAAAAUUCAGCGAGGAGUCUGAUGUCUACGCAUUUGGAAGCGUGAUCCUGCAAAUUGUUACCGGGAAGCGCACUGCAGACCCGGUUCCGAACUCCAGCACGUUUCUUCUGUGCAAUUGGGUCGUAGAGAAGGGCAAAAAUAACUGCUUAGGAGAUGCUAUCGACCCCAAACUCGGUCACCUUUUCCGGCAAGAUGAGGCCAUUGCACUUCUCAAUCUUGGUCUGGAAUGCUUGCAGCCGGAUCGAAACAAGAGACCCUCCAUGUUAGUCAUUAAGAAGAAAGUGGAGUCUCUUAGGUUGCCCCACAGCCUUGUUAGCUGA